AUGACAGCCAGUGUAGAAAUUGAAAACCCGACUCCAUUAUGGCUGGAUUGCGAUCCUGGUCACGAUGAUGCCUUUGCUAUUCUGAUUUCUGCUCUUCAUCCCUCAUUGAAUCUGCUUGGAAUUACGACUAUCCACGGAAAUGCAUCUCUAGCGAAAACCACAGCGAAUGCUAGCAGUGUUUUGGAAGCCAUUGGCCGGCCCGAGAUUCCUGUCUACCCAGGAACUUCAAAGCCAUUCUCACGACCUGCUCUCCAUGCUCCCGACAUUCAUGGUGAAUCGGGCCUCGAUGGGACAGAUCUGCUUCCUAAGCCCUCCGUGGCCCCGAUUACAGAUAAGAACCCGAUUUUGGCUAUGCGAGAUGCCCUUUUAGCCCAGCCAAAGGGAACUCCUUGGGUCAUUGCCACGGGAACUUUGACUAAUGUUGCUCUAUUAUUCUCAACCUUCCCCGAGGUUGUAGAGCAUAUUGCUGGCUUGAGUAUUAUGGGAGGUGCCAUCGGUAAUGGCUUCACAGCCGCUCCAAUGAGCAAAAUUCCCGGCGAAAAGUCACGUAUUGGAAAUGUCACUCCUUGGGCAGAAUUCAACCUCUACUGCGACCCUGAGUCAUCCGAGGCAAUUUUUAGCAAUCCUCUAUUGGCAUCAAAAACCGCGAUUAUGAGCUUAGAUUUGACUCACCAAGUUCUGGCUGAUAAAAAUGUUCAGACGCGCAUUUUACAUGGCUCCAGUGACCCGUCUAAGAAACCAACAGUUGUUCGACAAAUUCUUCAUGAUCUUCUGCUCUUUUUCGCAGGGACAUAUGAGAAGGUCUUUGGCUUGUCUACGGGGCCACCUCUACAUGAUCCUCUUGCAGUCGCAGCCAUUUUGUCGAAUCUGAAUCCAGUAUUUGCCAAGAAGAAUCCCGAGAAAGCAAUCACAUUCGACGACAAGGAUGGUGAACGAUUUGCUAUUCACAUCGUCACUGAUGGUCUUCAUGGCCAAGAUGUGUCAGUUACUGGACAAUUGGGUCGUUCUAUUGCUACUCCUGUCGAAGGGGCCGGUGUGGCUGUUCCCCGUGGUGUCGAUUUGGAGGCAUUCUGGAACUUGAUUUUGGAGUGUGUGCAAUUGGCUGAUGACUGCAAUGUGGCUCGCGGGAAACUCGAAUAG